CCCUCCGGUCCCUGUAUUUGCUCGUGAACCAAUUAAACCUCGGCCUGCCUAUCACCUCAGCCUUGAGGCUAGUAUCGGGCGAGCCUCACCACCAUGACCCAACAUCAUCAACGACUGGCUGCGGCUGAUUCGACGACAUCAAGACGCUUCGAAGUCUGGUAGUUCUACGGACGGCUUAACGGAUUUAUCAGCUCCCACAUAUAGAUCACUGUACUGUACCGUACUUGCACCUCCACACGGGUUCUACUCCGCCAUUUGGCCAUCUUUGCAGCUGCGUCAUCGGCGCGGGCAUUUCCUACUCCCUUGUCCAUCCAACCGCCAACAUGGAAACAUUCAAAUCUCUUUUCGCGAAGCCUGAUCCCCAGGCACAGAUGCGCAAAUGCAAUGCGUUGAUGAGGCAAAACAUUCGCAAGAUCGAUCGAGACAUCCAGACUGUGAAACAAGUCGAAUACAAGACCAAGAACCUUAUCCUCCAAGCCGAUAAGCGAGCCCAGCGCGAUCCAUCACGCGCCAAGCAAGCCCAACAAGAAGUUCGCGACUUUGCUCGGGAGCUCGUUCGCGCCCGAAAGACCUCAGCACGCCUCAUCACAUCCAAGGCACAGCUCAACUCAGUGCAGAUGCAGGUACAGGAGGCCUUUGCUGUACGAAAGAUUGAGGGAUCCAUUCGAGCGAGUGUCGGUAUCAUGAAGGAUGUCAACUCGCUUAUCCGUCUACCGGAACUGGCUGGUACCAUGCAAGAACUAAGUGUGGAGUUGAUGAAGGCCGGCAUCAUCGAGGAGAUGGUCGAGGACUCGCUUCCUGCUGACGGCGAUAUGCUCAUGGAGGACGAGGAGGCCGACGGAGAGGUUGACAAAGUCUUGGGAGAGAUCCUCAAGGACCGCAAGCAGCCCACUCUCCCUGUGGCGCCUGUACCGGAGCCACAGAAACCCCAGGAGGAAGAGGAGGAGGAGGAAGAUCCAGAAGCUAUGAUGGACCAGAUGCGCAACCGGUUAGAGGCACUUCGAAGUUAGUGUGGGUUUGGUGAUGAUACUUGCUUGGUUAGUUGUUGCUCGAAGAUGCCAGUUGUUCUUCAUCAUGGGAGGAGUUGGGGGAGUUUGGCGUAUCUACAGUUUUGGCUACACUCGAUCCUAAAAAGACUUGUUGAGGGCUAUAGGGUUGGUUGGCAUCGCAUUGCCCGUAGUUUUCACUACGACGAGAUAUAAAACCAUGUUUCAAAUGCUACUUCAACCUAUUUGCUGUGGCCACUGUGUGAGGUCUUGUUCCGGCUUCGAUCAGCUGGGCACUUGAUGAGCGUGAAUAACAUGUCUCCUUUACACAUCGUGCUUGUGAUGUUAGCAUGUUCUGGAUUUUCCAACUGGCCGUGCUUCGAGAGUCAGUAUUGUAGCGUAUUGCAGUCUUUGGAAGAGCAACAUGAACUUACGG